AUGGAACUUGGCGUUCUCCUCCUCCUUGCCCUCUUCACAGGCCUCUUACUUCUGUUGGCCAGGGGCCACCCCAAAGGCCAUGGCUGUCUCCCACCAGGUCCCCGGCCUCUGCCUUUCUUGGGGAACCUUCUGCAGAUGGACAGAAAAGGUCUGCUCAAGUCUUUCCUGAAGUUCCAAAAGAAAUACGGGGAUGUCUUUACUGUAUACCUGGGGCCGAGGCCUGUGGUCAUGCUGUGUGGGACAGAGACCUUGCGGGAGGCCCUGGUAGACCAAGCUGAGGCCUUCUCCGGCCGGGGGACAAUCGCCAGUGUUGAGCAAAUCUUCCAGGGAUACGGUGUGGUCUUUGCCAAUGGGGAACGCUGGAAAGCCCUCCGGAGAUUCUCUCUGGCUACCAUGAGAGACUUUGGGAUGGGUAAGCGGAGCGUGGAGGAACGGAUCCAGGAGGAGGCUCAGUGCUUGGUGGAGGAGCUGCGGAAAUCCAAGGGAGCCCUCCUGGACCCCACCUUCUUUUUCCACGCCAUCACCGCCAACAUCAUCUGCUCCAUUGUCUUUGGAAAACGCUUCCACUUCAAAGACCCCGAGUUCCUGCGGCUCCUGGCUAUGUUCUACCAGUCCUUCGCGCUGAUCAGUUCCUUCUCCAGCCAGGUAUUCGAGCUCUUCCCGGACUUCCUGAAGCACUUUCCCGGCCCUCACCGGCAAAUCCACAAAAACCUGCAGGAAAUCAAUGCCUUCAUCAGCCGCAGCGUGGAGGAGCACCGCGAAACCCUGGACCCCGGCGCGCCCCGGGACAUCAUCGAUACCUACCUGCUCCGCAUGGACAAAAAAGUCCAUAAGGAGAUCGAUCAGGUGAUUGGCUCACAUCGCCCUCCAGCUCUUGAUGACCGAGCCAAAAUGCCCUACACUGACGCAGUCAUCCAUGAGAUUCAGAGAUUCGGGGAUCUCCUCCCCAUUGGCAUUCCCCACAUAGUGACCAAAGACACUCACUUCCGAGGGUACAUCAUCCCCAAGGGCACUGAAGUCUUCCCCCUCCUGAGUACUGCCCUCCAUGACCCACAUUACUUUGAAAAACCAGAUGACUUCAACCCUGAUCACUUUCUGGAUGCCAAAGGGGCACUGAAGAAGAAUGAAGCUUUUAUCCCCUUCUCUAUAGGGAAACGGAUCUGUCUUGGUGAAGGCAUUGCCCGGACUGAGUUGUUCCUCUUCUUCACUACUGUGCUCCAGAACUUCUCUGUGACCAGCCCUGUGGCCCCUGAGGACAUUGACCUCACUCCUCAGGAGAGUGGUGUUGGGAAACUGCCCCCCAUAUACCAGAUACAAUUCCUGCCCCGCUGA